GUCCAGGAAGGUUUUCUCAUUGGUGCCACCUGCAGACAGGAAAGCAGUGCUUGGCCAUUUGAGUAGGCUCUUGACAGUGACACAAUGACCAGAACGGAGGUCAGCGGGGUGGACUGAGGGCUGCUGCUGCCGCGAAGCAACAGAGGCUGGACGUGCUCAGCAGCUGGGCGGACAGAGGAGCUGCUCCGCAAUGGAGAAAUUUCAGGCUGCGAUGCUGCUGGGCAGUGUUGGGGACGCUCUCGGUUACAGAAACGCCCGCAAGGAGAACAGUGCUUCAGGCACAAAGAUCCAGGAGGACCUGCAAAAACUCGGGGGGCUGGACCACCUGGUGCUCUCACCAGAGAAGUGGCCUGUGAGUGACAACACCAUCAUGCACCUGGCGACGGCCAGGGCCCUCACCACAGACUACUGGUGCCUGGACGACCUGUACCGGGAGAUGGUGAAGCACUACGUGGAAGUGCUCGAGAAGCUUCCAGAACAUCGAGCAGAUCCCGCUACCAUUGACGGCUGCUCGCAGCUGAAGCCGGAUAACUAUCUCCUUGCCUGGCACACGCCUUUCAACGAGAAGGGUUCGGGGUUUGGAGCUGCCACCAAAGCGAUGUGCAUCGGCAUGCGGUACUGGAAGCCUGAGCGGCUGGAGACCCUGAUCGAAGUCAGCAUCGAGUGCGGCAGGAUGACGCACAACCACCCCACAGGCUUCCUUGGGGCCCUAUGUACAGCCCUGUUUGCAUCUUACGCCAUACAAGGCAAGCCGCUGGAGCAGUGGGGGCGAGACAUGAUGAAGACACUCCCACUGGCUGAAGAAUAUUGUAAGAAGACCAUCCGGCACCUGGCAGAGUACCAGGAGCACUGGUUUUACUUUGAAGCUAAAUGGCAGUUUUACUUGGAAGAGAGAAAGCUCAGUGAAGAUACCGAAAGUAAAGCCGCCUUCCCUGACCAUUACGAUGCAGAAGAGAGGGACAAGACCUACAAGAAAUGGAGCUCAGAAGGCCGAGGGGGGCGACGGGGCCAUGAUGCCCCCAUGAUUGCCUACGACGCUCUCUUAGGAGCCGGGAACAACUGGACAGAGCUCUGCCACCGGGCCAUGUUUCACGGAGGUGAGAGUGGGGCCACGGGGGCCAUCGCGGGCUGCCUGUUCGGACUGCUCCACGGCCUGGGCGCUGUUCCCGAAGGCCUGCACCAGGAGCUGGAGCACAGGGCGGAGCUGCUGCACCUGGGAGAGGCUCUCCACCGCCUGUCCACGGAGGAGAACCCCAAGAGUGUCAAGAUUUGCAGUAGUAAGACACCUGUUGAUGCCCAAGCCCUGAAGAAGAAGGUCAGCAAGGCGACCCGCGACCCCGCUGUCCGUGCCAUCCUCAGAAGCCUGCUGCUCUACAUCACCCACCGUGAGGACGGGCCCCAGGGGCUGCCUCCCACCAAGAGGACAGAGAGCAGAGACAGCCAGGGGAGCGGGAAGCCCGAGCCCCAAGACGCCAACCGGCGGCCCACGCGUUUCCAGCUCCUGCAGGCCAAGUUCAUGGGCACUGGCCGGGAGACCUGGCUCAAGAAGACCCAGGAGGUGGGAAGGCUGAUCUUCAAGGACAAGCAAGGCCCAGGCAGGAGCGUGGUGGCCACCACCAUCAACAAGCUCCUAGAGAAGACCAGGGAGGGGGCCGGCAGUUCCGCGGGGGGCCAGGAGCCCCUUAGCCGUGAUAAGCCCCGGGGGGGCCUGCCCGCCGGGAGAAACACCGUGAAAAACAUUCUGAAGAAGUUCCUGGCCGCAGAGGAGAAGGAGGCCGAGGAGAAGAGGCUGCGUGAGAAGCCCCCUGCGCAGCGGUCCAAGGCCGCCAGGGGCCUCCUGCCGAAGAUCGUGGGCAAGAAGGGCUCGGUCCUCGCCAAGCUGCGGGAGAAGUUCGAGCAGAGCGGGGGUCUGUGCUCAGAGGCCGGCGUGCUGCCGCUCCACAUGGAGGAGCGAAAGAAGAAGAACCUGCAGCGGAAGAAGAUGCACCGGCCCGAGGCCCGCGUGCUCUGCACGGCCACCUUGGCCAGCUCCUGCAUCAGGAUGCCCCCUGCUCGCUUUCUGGCCUGCUCGGAGGAGCCCAUGCCAGCCUUCAGCAUCGUCACCAUCGUCGGCGGCCCCCGGAGCUGGCUGUCCCACUGCGCCAAGAUCAGACACUCGGACCUGAGGCGCAUGCCCCCAAAGGAAACCGGCAGGCCCCCCAACGCGGGGGAGAUGGUGCCUGAUGGGACCCAAACACCAGGAAAGGGGCUGCUGGAUGGGGGGCCCCCCCAGGCCUUGGUAGCGCAGGCCGUGGCUCCCACCCUGACAGCAGCCUCCCUGAGUGCAGGGCCUGAGUGCCUCCCUGAGCCGGCCCGCUCGCCUGCCUCCCAGAGCCCGGAAGCCCCUCCUGGCCUGGAACCCAAGUUCUCUUUGCUCACACCAGCCAGCCCAGGGCACGCCAGGGUGUUGGGAGGUGACAGGAUGGAGGGGCCCCCAGCAGGCAUCACCUCAGAUGAUUCCCAGGGGGCGGAGGGGCCAAGGGCAGGCCCCCGCCCCGGGCCCCCAGGUGAGGGAGCAGAGGAGGCCCCUCAGGUGGACCUCAUGGUUUGCAGUUCGGAGGAUGAAACGGAAAGAGUGAUUUCAGACUCAGAGCAAGACCCCCUCUUUGCUGUCCAGGAGAAUUUUCCGGAACAGCCAGUCCCGGGACAGAUCCCACCACUCAGCGUGCCAGCCGCCCAGGCUGCCCGGCGCACCCAGAUGGCCUGCGAGCCUCCGCAGAUAACCGUCAGGCUCCCGGUGGUCCAUGAGAUGCCACUCCCUCCUGCCGCGCUGCAGGAGGCAGCAGGUCAUGCAGACCCACCAUCUCCUGUGUGGGGAAGAGAGAGCGAGGUUGAACAUGCACCUGCGCCAUUUCCCACGACGACGGGGAGUGAAAGCACCAAGGUGGCCCCGAUGGGAGCGGACCAGCCUGCAGGGACGCCCAGGGGACUCAGCACCCCUUCUCAGCAGGACUCCCGGGCAGACCUGGCUCUCACGCCCCUAAGGGGUGCUGCCAGCAUUGAUGGUGACACCCCAGAGGCAGCUUGGACGCUGAAACCUCCGACAAGUCCCGCUGGCGGAAAAGAAGACCAACGCAGCUGUGGGAAUUCCAACAAACUCAAGGAUCAGGAGCGUAUUUCAGGACAGCGUGUGUCUGCGCUCAGGUCUGAGCAGCAUCCGUUGCCAGAAUCAGAGGGAAUGCCCGUCCGUGGCGAGGGCGCCCCAGCACAUCACUCCACAGCUCCGGAAACUCGCCCCACGGGCGACAGCCGCUUCGCACUGUGUGGUCAGCAAGCGCCAUCUCCCAACGAGGGAGACUCGACGGGCGCCCCAACACUGCUGGCGGCACCGGCCGAGGACUGGGCGAGGUCUGAGCGUGUGACCACAGUGGGUCAGGACAUCCUGCGUGAGCGAGCAGAACGCAGGGGGCCACCAGUAACUGAGUCCACUCAGCCCCUGCUGAUGGCUGAAGGGGGUGCCAGCCAGGAUGUUGGUGAGAACCGACCGGCCUCCUUAAAUGAAGGCCCCCAACCAAGUAUCAAAGCCCCCGGACGAGGGGCAGCCACAGGGGUCGCCAAGAGCCACAUAGCACCAGCACCAGGGAACACCGUGGACGCCGAAAUCAGUUCUCCUGAACAGGGGAGCCCUUUGCACAAGAGAGACUCUGGCUCCUCACCGACAGGUCACAGUCUUGUCGCAGAGGGCCUCGGCCAUGCACCCAACAGCCACCUCUUCUUGGCACCAGGAGGGCCCUCGAAGCCCCCCAGCGGCAGAGCGGCAGAGGGCCACGGCUGCGGAGACCCGGGGCAGCGCCUGCCGGCGACCUCGGAGUCACUGACCGCCCUCCCACAGGAGGCCGCGGGCCCCCCACUCACGCCUGCCGACCCCGGCUUGGGGGUUUCAAAUGAACCGGCAGCCAACAAAGCGAAUGGGGCAGCAGGAAGCAGAAAUACCGCGGCUGCCCAAGCAGGUCCUCGGGGGAACAGCACGAAGUCCCCGGUUGCACCCUCACAUCACCCCACACCGCAGGGAGGUGGCGUACAGGGGCCUCCGCGCCACGGCUUGGACAAGCCCCCAGCGUCUCCUGAGGAGCAGCGGGCCAGGGAGGAGAAGCAUGUCGUGUGGGAAAAUCAGCUUCCUCUCGCUGCUGGCGUUUCCCAUCAGUUACCCUCAGUGCCAUCGACAGGAGCAGAAGGGGCCCCCCAGACGUGUCCCGGCCUCCAGGCACACCUGCUGCCUGCAUCCCGCACACAAGCUGGUGUCCUGCUGGACAUGGAGGUCAGAGAGAGGCCAGGGUCACAGGCAGGCCUGGGGGGUGGAGAGGAGAGGGUCUCAGGGCCUGUGGGGCCGAAGAGUCCUGGUCAGAAGGGAGUCCCUCCUUCAAGCCAGAAGACCCCCUCGUGUGGCUCUGAAGAGGCGCAGACACAGCCCCAGGAUGACGUGGUGGGGAGUGACAGGGCGACCGCUGGUGGGGAGAUUCCUUGCCGACACGCUGAGAAGGGACCAGAACGCGCCCCGGGGCAGUGGGUGCAGUCUGUAGAGGACCCCUCAGCGCAGCACGGUCUCCACACUGAAGAGCAGCGGGGGCGCCCGGCACAGGCCCAGGCCGGCGGGAUGGCACCCCACCACUUGGUGCGGCCCACAGGCAAUUCCUUGGCUGUGGCACCUACGUCUACACCAGGUGCCAGUGGGCAGUCCCAGAGACCAGCCCUCACGGGUGGCCAGGGGCCACCUAGAGUGCCACAGAAGGUGGGAGAACACUGUCUGCAGGUGGCCAAGAGCCAGACGUCCGUCCAUCCUGAGUCAACACAAGGCACUGCAGUGCCCACGCCCAAGCCUGGGGGCUGCCAGACGCCUGGUGCCCCAGCCCAGGAGGGGCCCCCAGACAUCUCCAGGGCAGGAAGGAGCACAUUGGACCGCGAACAUCAGAGAAAGUCAGCACACUUCUCAAAGUACAAAGCCCAAAGCUUCUGCGACCAGAGGUCCUUUGAUUUGUCCUUUCGAGCCAAAGUUAUCAGGGCCAAUGACACGUUCGAACUUCCAAAGUGAAGCCCCCGGCGUCGGGACCACUGGCACGUCUGAUGCCUCCGUUUCUGCUCCUCACUCAGGUUGCAGGCUGUUUUCCUGCCUCCAAAGGCCCCUGGACCAGUGGUUUCCUUUCACUCUCACAGUAACUGUCCCCACGGCUACGGACGUGUUGCCUGAACGUGUUGUGGAGCCUGCCCUGUGUUCUCAGUGCACAUGACUUCCCGGGAGCUGUGCACAGCGAGGACGAGGCAGGUGCCAGGCACACCAGGCCUUUGCCCACCGUGGAUCUGUUCCUUAUUUCACUUGAGGCAUCUCUACUUGGAGUUCGUCCAAGCACACACGUCUACCUUUUCACAGAUCUGUGCUGCUUUGGGCACUUUAAGGUUUGGUGCUGAACUUGGCAUGUGUCUGUCCUGGCUGCUCUUAGGGGGCUCCGCCAGCUUUGGCCUUUAAGGGCACCGUCUCCUUGCGGGUCAUCGGCAGGCAUGGAUGUGGUGGGUCUCAGACCUCGGCCCCUGCCUCACUCAGACGCCGCCAGUGCGUGUGACCUGGGCAGGGGAGUCGCACACUGAGUGCCUCGACUGAGGGCCCGUGACUCCAAUGCAGACACCAGUCCUGACACAUUCUGGAAUGAGGGCUAAGAGCUCUGGUUUGUCGCAGCUUCUCCCGGGGGAAGAUAAUCUAUCUUUACCUUCUUGAUGACGGUCAGGAAGGUGGAGUGAGGACAUUGGGAACCGGGCUCUGGCACACCCUGUCCCUGCACCUGGGCCCAGCUGGGCCGGAGCAGAACAGAUCACGGGAAAUACUCGAGUCCGUUACAGAGGAAGGCGAGGCUGCAGAGCGAUCGGAAGGUCGUUCUCAGCACCGUGUUUGCAGGUGCACCAGUCCAAGGAAGCUUUCGUUUAGAAACUGCUGUGGUGAGGAAAACGCAAUGUCACACCGUCUUCCUCAGUCAUCACAGCAGCCUCCGGGGUCUCCACGUCCUGCUGGGACGCUGGAUGGCACUGCCGGCCAAUGACGGGGCCGCAAUGCUCUCUCGCCCCACGCUGCUCUCCUGAAAAGCACAGGGGCGUUUCCUACCCCUGCCCGCGAUGUUAUAUUAUUCGAAUUUAUCUUUACUCACUAAGACAAUGCCUUUUCUUUCUUUCUUUUUUAAAAAUAUAUUUUAUUGAUUUCUUACAGAGAAGAAGGGAGAAGGAUAAAGAAUUAGAAACAUCGAUCAGCUGCCUCCUGCACACCCCCUACUGGGGAUGUGCCCACAACCAAGGUACAUGCCCUUGACCGGAAUCGAACCUGGGACCCUUGAGUCUGCAGGCCAAUGCUCUAUCCAUUGAGCCAAACUGGUUAGGGCAACAAUGCCUUUUCAGUCUACAAUCUUUGAACAUUGUAUAACAGUAUAAGGAAGGAAAUAAAAACCACCCAUAACCACGUUACCUUUAGAUGAUUUCUGUUACUACCUUGGACUGCUUUUUCUCCAGACUUUUCCCUCGGCUAUUUUUUCCAUAACACAGACGCAUGAGGAGCCACAUCGUGUGUCCAGUUUUAAGAUUUAACGUUACAGGGCACGCACUUUCAGGGGCCGCAGAGUGGUCUUUGAACCCUAACGCGUGUGCCCCGGGUUUUCAGCAGAGGCGGACGCUGUGAGCCCUCACUGCCCAGCACACGCUUGUCGGUGCUGUUCUCUUGCAGAAGAUGGAUUUCUGUGUUUUGAAGACUUCGUGAUGUUUGCUGUCUUUGCCUCUGAGCGAUGUUCUAGACUUUUCUUCCCGGAGAAGCUUCCUUCAUGUGUGCUGCAACCUCUUUAUUCUCCGACUUGACUGUUCAUUUACAGGAGGGUUUCUUAUUUUAUUUUUUGUUGUUAUUGUUGUCAAUCUUCACCUGAGGGUAUUUUUCCCAUUGAUUUUUAGAGAG